AUGCUGGCCGCUGCCUUGCGCGACUUGUUGUCUCGACAAUUUUCUUUGAAUACGAUAGACACUACCGGUCAGCAGGCCAACUCGCCUCCCGAUUCAACGGCCUUUGAAGGUUACGACUCGAUCGUCACUCUACGACUAGCAGGACAUAAGACGCCGCUCUGGCUCGUAAAUUCGGGCGUUGGCGAAGUGCUAGCGUCCAUCGGCCCGAUGCAGCACUUGAGCGCAGACGACCGGCCUGUGUGGGGCCAGCGCGCACCAGGCUUCGACCCGACCCAGCGGCGGUUCCGCUCUAUCGCCGAGGCCGUGACGUGCUACCGGACAAACAUGCUGCGAAAACAGCCCCGUGGCCCCUAUGCCAUCGCCGGUUACAGCUAUGGAGGCAUGAUGGAGUGCUUGAUAUCUUUUACGCCAUGCCUCUGCGCCUGA